AUCAUCUCCGCCUACUCCCCUAUCCUUUUUUUUAUAUCUGUUUUUGUUGAUUUACGGUGUUUGUCCACACGAGAAAAUGAUUGUUCACUUCCAGUACACAUAGCGCCUUCCAAUCUCACACGUUCCCGGGUACACGGAGUCUAUCCGCCGUCCUCCAGGACCCACCGAUCGGUCACCUUAUCCCAUACUUUCGCCCUCGUUCCCAUCCCGUGCGCAGAGUCACCAUGAGUGAUCUAGACAGAGCGAUCGCGCAAUUACGCGCCUGCCGCCUCAUCCCCGAAACCCAGGUCCGCGAACUCUGCUACAAGGCGCGCGAACUCCUGAUUGAAGAAGGAAACGUGGUGUGUGUGGACGCCCCAGUCACGAUAUGUGGGGACAUCCACGGGCAAUUCCAUGACCUGAUGGAGCUCUUCCGCGUCGGCGGUGAUGUCCCCGACACCAACUACCUCUUUAUGGGCGACUUCGUCGACCGCGGCUUCUACUCGCUCGAAUCCUUCCUCCUCCUGCUCUGUCUCAAAGUCCGCUACCCAGACCGCAUCACCCUCAUCCGCGGAAACCACGAAUCGCGCCAAAUCACCACCGUCUACGGCUUCUACGACGAGUGCAUCCGGAAAUACGGCAGCGCCAACGUAUGGCGGUACUGCUGCGAAGUGUUCGAUUAUCUAGCCCUCGGCGCCGUCGUCCUCGGUGCCAGCUCGGAACUCGAACCGUCGGGCCCCACCCCCAUGAUGAACGACGCCACGCAGUCGACCAUGGCCAUGGAGAACGGCGGGCUGGAAACAGAGGUGCUGAACUCGCGGGGCGAAGUAACCAUGAGCACCUACCGAGGCAGACAGCGAUCCUCAUCCGACGUAUCCACAGACUCGCGGAACAUCUCCCCACCACGCGACAUCUCCACCGUCCCAGGCCAGACCCCCCUCCGCUCCGGCCCCCCCGGCACAGGCGCCUCAGGCAACGGCGCUGCCAGCACCGCCAGCCGAACAGGCGCGAUCCUCUGCGUCCACGGCGGCCUCUCCCCGCUAAUCGACACCGUCGACAAAAUCCGGCUCAUCGACCGCAAACAAGAAGUCCCCCACGAAGGCGCCAUGUGCGACCUCCUCUGGUCCGACCCCGACGAGAUCGACGGAUGGGGCCUGAGCCCCCGCGGCGCAGGCUUCCUCUUCGGCGGCGACAUCGUCAAGCAAUUCAACUACAAGAACGACCUGUCGCUCGUCGCGCGCGCCCACCAGCUCGUCAUGGAAGGCUACAAGGAGAUGUUCGACGGCGGCAUCGUCACCGUCUGGUCCGCCCCUAACUACUGCUACCGCUGCGGCAACGUCGCUGCCAUCCUGGAGCUGGGCGAGGAUACCAGCGCGGGUGGCACCGUCGCUCGCAGUAACGGCGACUAUGCCCGCAGUAAUGGCCUUGUGGGCAAUAAACCGGGCGUUAGGAGUCCUGGGCGCCGGUAUCGGGUGUUUGAGGCCGCGGCGCAGGAUACGAGAGGCAUGCCUGCGAAGAAGCCUGUUGCUGAUUAUUUCUUGUGAUACCAUAUGAAGAACACUUUCACCUCAAUCUCAAUCCAUAUUCGAUUAAGCUUCAUUAGGCAGGGACAGAACUAUAAAAAUCCUAAAGACAAAGACACCAGGGAAUAAGACAAAACCCAAGGAGGAGGGGAAGAAGAAGAAGAAGAAGAACCAGAAAAAAGAAUGUAGAUCACGACGCCAUGGUCUCAAGUUUCGUUGGACAUGCCCAUCAAUCGCAUAUGCUAUGUUUAUACUACCCACUUCUGCGUAGCUGUGGUUUUC